AUGUUGCGUGUUGUUAAAAGAGCUGUUAGUCAAAUACAAAAAUGCAAUUACAGUGCACAGGCCUUACCCACAGCUCAUCAAUCUCCAAAAGUGAUCCAUUCUGGGAUUUUCAUUAACAACGAAUGGCAUAAAUCCAAAUCCGGUAAAACCUUCGAAACCGUCAACCCGAGCACCGGCAAAGUAAUUGCCGAGGUACAACAUGGCGCAAAAGCGGACAUAGAUAUGGCUGUUGAUGCGGCCCAUGAAGCCUUCAGAUGGGGCUCCAAAUGGAGGACGAUGGACGCAUCGGAAAGGGGCCGUUUGCUCUACAAAUUAGCCGAUCUUAUUGAAAGAGAUUCCGCAUAUAUUGCUAGUCUGGAAACCCUGGACAACGGCAAACCAUACGCACACUCCCACGGCGAUCUGUCCAUUUCCAUAAAGGUUUUGCGCUACUACGCCGGAUUCGCCGACAAAGUCCACGGAAAAGUUAUUCCAGUCGACGGAAAUUUCUUCGCUUACACACGCCAUGAACCCGUGGGAGUAUGCGGACAAAUCGUCCCCUGGAACUUCCCGUUGAUGAUGUUAGCCUGGAAAAUAGCGCCCGCUUUGUGCACGGGCAACACCAUCGUAUUGAAACCCGCCGAACAGACCCCGCUGACCGCCCUGUACGUGGCGGAGUUAGCCAAGGAAGCCGGUUUUCCCGCUGGGGUGCUGAAUAUUGUUCCCGGAUUCGGGGAUGCUGGAGCGGCUUUAGUCGAGAACAAUAAGGUGGACAAAAUAGCUUUUACUGGAUCCACGGAAGUGGGUAAACUCAUUCAAACCAACUCGGGGAAGUACAAUUUGAAAAGAACCACUUUAGAAUUGGGCGGCAAAAGUCCAAACAUCAUCUUAGGCGAUGUUGACGUGAAGGUAGCCGUAGAAAAUGCUCAUCACGCAAUCUUCUUCAACGCCGGUCAAGUGUGUUCAGCCGGUGCAAGGACGUACGUCGAAGAUAAAAUUUACGACGAGUUUGUCGAGAAGUCUGUAGAACGUGCCAAGAAACGAGUAGUAGGCAAUCCGUUCGAUCCCAAAACCGAACAAGGACCCCAAAUCGACGAAACUCAGUUAAAUAAGAUCCUUGGUAUGAUCAAAGAAGGUGAACAGCAAGGAGCUAAAUUGGUCCACGGUGGCAAAAGACAUGGUUGCGAAGGUUAUUUUAUAGAACCUACAGUUUUCGCAAACGUCCAAGAUGACAAUAUCAUUGCCCGAGACGAGAUCUUCGGGCCGGUGCAGCAAAUUCUUCGUUUCAAAGAUUUGGAUGAACUUAUCGAAAGAGCGAACAACACCAGCUAUGGACUUGGGUCUGCCGUAUUCUCAAAUGACAUUAACAAGGUUAAUUACAUUACGCAAGGUUUGAGGGCCGGUACUGUUUGGGUGAACUGCUACAACGUGUUCGCGGCCCAAAGUCCGUUCGGAGGGUACAAAGAUUCUGGAUUUGGUAGGGAGUUGAGCGAGUAUGGUUUGCAACAGUACACUGAAGUGAAGGCGGUGGUUCAGGCUGUGCCUGCUAAGAAUUCGUAG